UUCCAGCAUCAAAUCUGGAUCCAGAACCGGCGAUUCCAAAAAUCGAUAGCAAUUUUCCGUCUUGCUCACACCUCAAACGCCUCUCAAAAGUGUGCAAAAUUCAGGCCGAUCGCGCACAACGGAGUAUGGGCUGUACCGAAAGAUAUUUUUACCCAAACAGCGAGAUCACUGAUUGCAAUAAUUAUUUCCAAUCCAGAAACGAGAAGCCAGUUCGCGGCUCGUGCGUCCUGGAUAAUCGGGAUUGUGUUUGUGUUUAUUAACAGCAGUAUUACAGUGCGCUACAGCUGAAAGAAGAUAACAUCUAGAAGAUUUUACGAAAAUGUUGUUGCGGAUACGUAUGGACUCAAACUGUUCUGUCUAAAAAGAUGUCUUUGGAAACAUACCGCAGGGACUAAAACCAACAUGAUGUGCCACCGAAUUAAGGAUCUGUAAAUAGUGCCAAAAGAAAAAGUACAAAACAGUUACAAUGACCGCUCUCAAGAACAUUUUCACUAUCCUGUUAAUCUAUUUGCUCCGUGUGUCUGCGUGCCAGAUCGCUGGGGACCAGCCGGAUGGAGCCAAAUCGGUAAAUUUAGGAACAAGGAAACGUCCAGAACUUAGCAAUAUUAAAUUCGUAAAUCACAUUGAUGAUGGUAAUAUUCAAUAUCACACAAGACUUAAGCGGACUAAGACUAUACGUUCAAAAAUAUUGGAAGUUCAUCGUAUACUAAGAGAGGAAGAUGUGGCGCAGAGGAACAACACAGUGGUGGCACAGGAAAUAUUUGCAAAACCAGAUAUAAAUAUUACUGCUGGGUUCAAGAAAUCCAAAGCGGAUCUAACUACGUAUGAAAAAAUUGACAAACUAAAGGAGCUAAAGAAGGAAAGUUAUGCCCGACAUAAACCGGUCGUCUCGAAAUAUGAUUGCAAAUUUGAAAACGACUGCUGCUGGACAUGGAGGAAAGACGAAGCCCAUGGCUUUUUUAUAACUUCGGGAGGCUACCUUGAAGGCAACCAGACAGGCCCUCCUGAGGAUGCCGGUGGAAAACAGUUUGGAAGCUACCUGAUACUGAGACUUCCGCAGCAGAAAAAAAUAUUUCAAGUAGUGAGCCCCUUGCUGCUUCCUACUUAUCCGUCCUGUAAGCUGUUCUUAUCCAUUUAUCAGUACAAUAUGGUGGGAGGAGAAAUUCGGGUGAUAGGUGAUAAAACCACCGCAUCAUCUAUACAUAAACUAUCAAGUAGACCUAUGUCGAUCUAUAAUAACCACACGCAAUGGGUCGUUCGUACCAUCCAUGGGAAUAAUUACACCCGUUGGCUACCUUAUCAAAUAACCAUUGGAAAAUUAACAACAUCGUUCACUAUUAUUUUGGAAGUAGUUGGAGCGAAACAUAUUCUUUCUGGAGCCACAGUUGCCUUCGACAACAUUGAGUUACAUGAUUGUUUUUUUCAAAACGAAUCGUGUUCACCACAUCAACACAUUUGCAGCGAUAUCGAUUUGUGUAUCAAUUCGACCAGUACAUGCGAUUUUAAUGAAGAUUGUCCAGAAGGGGAUGAUGAAAGAUUAAAUUGCGAUAAAAUGCCAUACGGAGCCCGAUGUACAUUUGAAAAUGACGACUGGUGUGGCUGGAAAAAUCUUCCAGAAGCCGACAUGCAUUGGAGAUUGCAUAAAGGAUCGACUCCGUUAAAUUUCACGGGUCCGAAUUUCGAUCACACUUAUCUCAACUCCACUGGAAGUUAUUUAUAUGUGAAUAUGCUUCAUGACCCGUCGUUUUUUGGCAGUCAGGCGAUUUUACGGAGCGUUACAUUCAACGCACCACCUGGUGUAACUGGUGAUCCAUCAUCCCGAUACUACAACACAUGUGCUAUAAGGGUGUAUCUACAUAAAACCGGCAAGCACAAGAGUGGAGUUGAAAUUCAGAUUACUGAACUCAAAAGCAAAAAGAAUCUAACCACAAGUCUAUUUUGGAGUUUUAUGGAAGAUCAUGGAGACCAGUGGAUGAGACAGGUGUUCAUUUUACCCAACAUCACAAAUAGAUAUUUCGUAGAAAUCAUUGCGAAAAGAGGCUACCGAUUUCUGAGCGACAUUGGUCUGGAUGAUGUUUCACUUAGUCCUGAAUGCUUUGGCAUCAAUAUUCCCAAGGAAGACUUAAGAGGCUAUGAUUACUGGAGUAAAAGCUGGCUGAAAGGAAGCGUUAAACAAACUGCCGAGGAUUUCAGAAACAAGACAUAUUUCAAUAUCACCACUUGUAACAAUGAGGGCCGAUAUGGACCGUCCCCUGAGCAAUGCGCAAAAGCCUACAAUAGAACUGGAACCAACGUAAAAGUUCUUCUGGAUGUCGGGAUGAGGGGGACUCAAAAGUGGGUUGCACCUAGAGAGGGUUACUACACGUUUAUUUUGGCUGGGGCGAGUGGUGGAAAGAACAGCAGAGGAAUUGGAGGCGGAAAAGGAGCUGAAGUAACCGCAGUUAUGAAUUUACGCAAGGGUCAAGAACUCUUUAUCUCCGUAGGCCAAGAAGGAAAUAGCGCUUGCUUAAUGACAAAUGGACUUUCCUACAAAAAUCGCUGCGACCCAAUAGAUAAUCUAGGAACUCUGGAUAAAUUAUAUUUGGUUUAUACGCGAAACAUUAUCACGUCGAAGAACUUCAGUAAUGCGGGUGGAGGUGGCGGUGCCACUUACAUUUUUAUGCGCAACCGAACUAAACAUAGCAUACCCAUAGCAAUAGCUGGAGGUGGUGGUGGAGAGAGUUUCUCUAAGUCAUUUGAUCCCUUCUCCGACUCACGUCAUGGUCAAGGUCUAACUAGGGACAGUUAUGAUUACCCUACAUCGGUGGGCUACAGCAUUGAAGGUGCUGGUGGCGGAUGGGCAAUUUCUCCAAACGCUUCAGGACAUGCCUCAAGAGCCUUAACAAGAAACAAAACGUCCGUCGAUCUACAAACUGGCGGAAGUUUGCUAUUGGGAGGAGUUGGAGGGAGUGCUUGUUCAAAAUCUUCGAAAAAUUGGGGAGAUGGUGGGUUUGGAGGCGGAGGCGGGAGCUGCAUAGAAGGCGGAGGUGGUGGUGGAUAUUAUGGAGGCGAAGUAGUUACGUCAAGAGGGAGCGAGGGUGGCACUUCCUAUGUGGACAUGGUUCGGACAGAAGGAAGUUUUGCUACAUCCUCGCCGGGGCAAAAUCAAGGUGCUGGCUACGUAAUGAUAAUUCCAGCAAUCGAAGGGUGUGAUUGCGAUUAUCAAUGUGUGGCACUGGACAGCAAUCGAUCGGAGACCGCUUGCGUUUGUCCUAAGACUUGGAAACUGCAUGAAAACAAGAAAUCUUGCCUACCUCUAACUAUAAGUUUGAGCAGUGGAUUUGCUCCCAUAUCUAUAAUAUCCAUGGCCGCAGUAACAAUAUUCGCGUUUUUCGUCGGUUUUGCCUGCUUCCUUCUGUAUAUUAGGUAUCAGAAGAACGCAAAUUCCUGCCUUCGUGGGAAAAACUGUGCAGUGUCUGAUGUCCAACUCAAUCGACUUCGGCAUGCUUCCGGUAGCGUUGCUACUCAGUAUAAUCCGAAUUAUGAAUUUGGAGGUGUUGUGACGACGAUUUCGGAUUUACAGCACAUCCCACGAGACCAGCUGAGACUAGUCAAAGCUUUAGGACAAGGAGCUUUUGGUGAAGUAUAUCAAGGCUUUUACCGUCAGCGCCCUUGUGAUACAGUGGAAAUGCCUGUGGCGGUAAAAACCUUACAGGAAAUGACGGUGAAACAAGCUGAAGACGAUUUCUUAACCGAAGCUUUGAUCAUGUCUAAGUUCAACCACCCAAAUAUCGUCCACUUCAUCGGCGUCUGCUUCGAUAAGCACCCCAAGUUCAUCGUGUUGGAGCUGUUAACUGGCGGAGACCUGAAGAAUUUCUUGAGAGAAUCGCGCCCGAAAGCGGACCGACCCAGCACUAUUACAAUGAAGGAUCUGGUCUUUAUAGCUAUAGAUAUUGGGAGAGGCUGCAAGUAUCUGGAAGAUAAGAGAUUCAUUCAUAGGGAUAUCGCGGCGAGAAAUUGCUUGCUAACUACAAAGGGACCGGGAAGAGUUACGAAAAUUGCUGAUUUUGGCAUGUCCCGAGAUAUUUACAGAGCUGAUUACUACAGAAAAGACGGAAAAGCUAUGCUCCCAGUCAAAUGGAUGCCACCAGAAGCGUUCCUUGAGGGCCUGUUUAGCUCCAAAACGGACGUUUGGUCAUUCGGAAUUCUGCUCUGGGAAAUUAUGAAAAUGGGAUUUAUGCCAUACACCGGAUGCACUAAUAAGGAAGUGAUGGAUUUGGUUGUGCAAGGCGGGCGACUUGAGCGGCCUGAAAGUUGUCCAGCACCAAUCUAUGGGAUAAUGGCAUCUUGCUGGCAUCCUCAACCUGAAGAUAGACCGACUUUUGCGAUAAUCUUAGAAAGGUUGGGAUAUUGUGCUCAAGAUCCCGACGUAUUAAACGCCCCACUGCCAACGUUCUACGUAAACACUACCAAUGAGAGAGACACUACCGUUAUACGGCCCAGCGAUUCCAAUGACAACUGUUUACAGGUAUUACCAUAUUCGACGGAUUAUUUGAUCCCCGACCAUCCAAAUCGAACUAAUCCGGACGCCAUGGAGUCGACGUCGUCCGUGGAAAAACUGAUUCCAGAUUCGUCGCACAAUCAUUGGGAAACCUCGUUUAUAAUGCCGAAUUCAAAGUCUACACAGCCGCUACUUCAGGACAGUAAUAAAGAUGAGGAAACCAAUCAUACAGCUGGCAAGUUAUAUCUGAAAGGAAAUGCAACCAACGUUGAAUCUGGAGUGGCGCUGGACCCUCGAUUAUUAAUGGUGCCAAAACCAACCACAAAAAGAUACCCCUUUGGGGAGGAAAAUGGAGUGGUUCAGAACGGAGGCUAUACCAUUAAGUAUUUUGGAAAAAAAGACGAAGAAAUUCAUUGCUAGAUAUUUUUGUAUUCAUUAUUAUUGAUAUUGAUGGCAGUAGUGGACGGUGGACAAAACUGAUGACUUGAAGAGUUACUUUGAUUUAUUCUUAAUGGGAAAUUGUGAUGAAUGAGUUUCGACAAGGACUUCUUGUGUACUUUCCAUUGACAUUUGAUUAACUUUAGGUAACUCGUGUUGUUUAACCCAAGUGUCUGCAGAUAAAUUACUGAGUGUUACAGCACCUGAAAUAGCGUUAAUCAAUUUUUGCCUUUUGUUAAGGUUGUGUAUUAAAACGAAAUUCGACGUUAUUCACUAUGUAAAACCAAAGUUCACCAAUACCGACUAAUCUAAAUCUGAUAGAGCACUGAUAAAACUAAACAAUUUGGUUGCAAAAGGACUUAAUCGAAAAUCUGUUGACGUCUUCUAAACGAUUUUUAAACUCCGGACUCCAAUUAUCGCUUAUAUAUUGUGCUCCCUUUACAUCCGACCUUGCUUAGAUUACAAGCUACAAAGUUUCAAGAACGUUUUCUUUUCUUUAGUAUGAAGUACAUCCUGCUAAGUGUUUUACACGCAUCGGAGAAGUCGAAUCCACGCUAUAUUUUCGCAAAAUAAAUUUUGUAUGAAAACGCUAAAAAUACAAAAGAAUAAAAAAGUGUCUUAAUCGAUCAAACAAUUGCAUCGCUUACUAAAACAUGUUCAUAGUUGCACAAAAAUGUGGACCCUACAAAGAAAAAAACAAACAUAUUCCGGCUGAAGAACAAAUGAAUGAAAAUAUUAGGCAUGUUAGAUAAAGUAAAGACAACAACUAUGUACAAAAAUCAGAUUAAGUCCUUUAGAAUGAAUUAUUUUGGCUUGUUUUUAAGUCAUAGAAUAAUGCAGGGUGUUUUGUAUUUGUUCUCCCAAAAGUGAAUGAAUAUAUAGGAUAUAAACGCGGUGAUAUCAUGUCCUGUUGGUACCACAGUGAGUGCUUUUCACAAGCACCCCCUUUUGGCCAGCGUUAAAGCGUGGCUCAAAUUUAUUCAGAUAAACACAGCGAAAAUUACUAUAAUAUUCUAUAAGAUUAAGAUUUAAGUAUGUAAAUAUCGAUAUACUAAAUUACAUAUGUGAAUGUAAGUCUCAGUAGGAUUAUUGAUCCACUUUUUAGGUAUAAUUAGUGUGCGCGACUAGAGAUAUUUUUCAUAUCCAGGCGCUUUUCAAGACGGUCUCGCCUUUUACGCUUAGUCAGUAAAACAGGUCAAACCGAUUCGGAAUGACCGGUGAUUGAUUUGCGCUAAAAUUAUCAUUAAAAAUAAGUGUGGAACAACUGGAAUCACAAACAUUUUAUCGUAAUUUGAAGGUUUGGAUGCCCACGUUUUGAAAUUUCAAAUUUAUCGUUUUAUUUUCGAAGUUUUGUUACGUUUCUACAACACUAAUAAGCCCGGGCGUUCAAAGUUUGUUAAAUAUUCACGAAAAUUCUUACUUAAAAUAUUUUUAAAAGUUUUGCUGGCUUUAGUUGUAAAUCACUACACUUUUAAAGACAAGAUAUUCGUUAUAGUAUAGAGAUAUUGUAACAAAACAACUCCAAAGAAAGGAAAAGAGAAGUUGACAUGUGGUAUAAAAGCAUAUGUGCUCAAUAUAAUUUUCUAAUUUAAAACUGUUUUAUCAUGAAACAGUGAGGUAUACUUAGGGUAGGUAUAUAUGUUUUGUGAAAAUGUUAAAUAUCGAUAAUUGAUCUAUUUUUCGUAUUUAAAAUAUGAAUUAAUGAACUGGAACUGAUUUAUUAUCACUCAGGCGAACAAGGCAAACCACCUAUGUUGCACAGAAAAGUUUUAUAUAAUUAGUUAUCGAAGACAUAGACUAUUUUAGGGUUGUUAUACAGGGUUGUUUUAGGUAGAGUUAAUUGAGGAAUGUGAUAUUGGUAACCCUGUAUAGUUAAUAUGUAUUUUAUAUGUGUUAAAUUUUAAUAGCAAAUAUUUAAUUAAAUAGUUGUCAUUAAAUAGAGUUGCUCAAUAUCUUUUAGAUAUUGCAACUUCCGUUUGGCUUGCUAAAUAAGGACUUGCAAACUUUAACGCGACAGUGUGGAUCGAACCAAAAUUUAAACUUUUUCUAUCCUUAAGCUGCCUGACAAGUCCAGUAUGGAAAAAUUAAUAAGCAUUUCUCUAUCAUCUUCUAAUUAUUUGCGCUUUCAUAUAAACAAAACAUUUUUGUGCCAUAAAUGACGGCUCAAUAAACUAAAAAAAAUAUAUAAUAAAAGCUCCAGUGACUUUUCUCACUACAGUUCUACGUAUUAAAGGUCUCAAUCGAAAUUGAUGGAUGGCGCAAAAGAAUAAUGGUUGUAAGCUCAACGAAACCUUUUCGGAAUCAAGUACAAUAAUCACGUUUAGGUUGUGGGGUACAUAGUAUGUUGCUUUACGCGCUUCUAAAUGACAUUUACCAUUGUUAACUUUUUUACAAGUUAUUAAAUUUUUGAUUUUGUUUAUAUCUCCUGCAAAAAUAUAGAAAAUUUGGUCAGUAUGUACGCGUCCAUUAUUCUUUUUUAUACGUUGUUUUAAUAUGGUGAUUUACGAAACCAAAACUUCUAUCUUUUUGUUAAGCUGAACAAAUGCUUUAAAGAUACAACAAACGUAUAGAAAGUGUAAAUAUUACCCAUUAAAAGAUAAGUCUAUUUUAAGAGAAUAAUGGAAUGUUAAGAUUAAUCGGAACUUUUGCGUUACAUCUUAAAUUGGAUUUGCCUAUAGAAACGGGUGCUAAUAUUACUGUUUUAAAACAUGCGGGUACAAAAAAAAUAAUUAUUAUUUAAGUAAUGCUUAUUUUCUUUACAAUAAAUUAGCAAGUUGCUAAAGUCCGCACUCGAAAAUAAGUGGGGCGUUUUAAAGCUCUGCAUAUAAAACUCUGGUUUAUAGCAAUAUCCAAUUUAAGUUCUAAAAUGAAAAAUCCUCUACCACAUAGUAAAAUAAACGAUAAUAUAGUU